GAAAAGGGGCGCGUCCUAGACCCCUUUUCAUCAUAAUUAACUUUAACGGAGUUAUACUUCACAAUAAACAAUAGUAUUUUCUUGUUAAGAUGUUUAGUUAAAAUAUUUGUUGUAUCAGCCAACGGGGCUUUAUACUUGUUUCGAGAAGCGUAAAGAAGAUUAUAACGUUGUAUUGUAUUCUCAAAACUCCGUCCAGCAAGUUAUUAUAGCGUAGGAGAAUGUUAGAGAUAAUAAUACAGAUUAAUUAAAUAAGGAGCAAAGACUUAGUGUCUUACGUUAUCGAUAAUAAAAUCUUAUUCAGUUCGAUGUAUUUUAGUACAUUAAGUUGAGUUUUAGUUUAUAUAAUUUCCGAAUACUUUAUCUACUUAUGUAUUAUAAUUCAUAAUUUUAAAUAUUUUAUUUGUUGACUAGGACGCUAACGAGUCUAUACAGAUAGAAUUUUUACUAUGAUAAAUAACCAUUUUAGUGAAGACGUGAGCGCGGUCAUUCUGCCGUUGGAAGCGCCAUGACAGCCUCAACCACCUCCGAUCUGCGGAGGUAACUGCUCGGCGUCAGUAGCAAGAACCCGGAAGUGCUUACAGCUAGCGUUCCCUCGUUAAAAAGGUAUUUUGGAAUAAUUAAAGUGGAUAUGUGUAGUUAGCAUGUAUGUUUUAUUGUUAUAUUUCCCGCAUCGUGAAACGAUUUACGCGUUAAGUGCACGUACAGCUGCCAGCAUGGCAGUUUCUGACCCGAGCAAUGUUAGCCUGCAUGGCUACUGCUAGCGCCAGCUAUCUAUGGCAGCCUCACAUUCGUGCGAAAAUAAAACCGUCGACUAGAUGGUUCUUAAAAUUUUGCUGUUUCGCAAGCUGCAGAUCAGUGGACUCCUUUUGGUGUUUACACAACAGACGAGUGUGUUAUCAAGGUGUGUUUGCAUAGUUCGUCGACUGGCUAAAGCUGCUUUACUCUGUUGUAGCUGAGUUGGUAAACUGAGAAUGAAGUUUUUCUGCAGCGAUUGACUGGUUUUUAGCGCAAAGCAAAACAAAAUAACUUUCAAGCUUAUAUAAUUGUAUAAUGAGAGACUGUUAAAUUGGCACAGUAGGCUAACGAGGAACAUUGCUAAAGCGGUUUAUUUAGGUAAACUAGCUUGCUUUUGAGGUUAAAGAUGGCAUGCGUGACUACUCUCGUAAAUAUUUGCGGCGAACUGCGUGACGGUGUCACUGUAGAAUACAAUUCUGUACUGGUCAAUGAUGCAAUUUUUGUCUUUCACUUCUGUGUAGGCCAUAAAAGUUAGUAUGGCUGCGACUAUUAUUCAUGACUCCUCUGAAGCGCUGGAGUUAUGCUGCAGCCGGCGUCUCUUCCUGAAGCCCAUAUCGAAGCUGGCCAUUACAGUGACGUGGGCCGACUUACUGGAGCCUGCCAAGGCAGUGUCCAACUGGGAGGUCAUGGCCAGGCUUAAGCAGAUGGUGCACCCCCUCCAGUUCACCUCCAUACGUGUUUCUAAGAGUACUCUGGAUUUUGUGCGCUUUGAAGCGGAGCUAGAAACCAAAGCCUUGGGCAAGGUGCUGUGUCAGAAGCUGAAUGGGCAGACACUGGAUGGCAUGGCUGGGGACAGAGCUUUCCAGGUCCUUGCUUCUGAAUGCAGUACAGACUUCCCAACUCGCAAGGAGUGGGAGUCCUUCUUCCAGGAUGAAGAGGAAUGGCCAGAUACGCUACACCUGGAUGGUCUUCCCUGCAAGUGGUUCAGUACCUCAGAGUCCCGGUGCCAGAAACCUAGGGAGGAGAUCGUUCGGGAGGUGUUUGAACACUUCGGCCCUAUACGCAAUAUGGACAUUCCAACUCUUGAUGUUUACAGAGAGGAGACGGGCAGUAAACUGUCUAAUGCUUUUAGCGUGUCCGGCCUGCAGACCUUUGAUGUUUACCUUCAGUUCCAACAGCGUGAGGACCUUAGGAACGCGAUGGAGUCUCUGAGAGGAAUGAGGCUAAUGCUGAAGGAGAGCGAUGGAAAAGCCUUGGUGUGCAACGUCAAGGUAAGCUUAGACUUAACCAGCCACUUGAGUGAGGCAGCAGUGCAGAAGAGGCAAAUGGAAAGAAGGCAGCUGGAAGCACUGGAGGAGAAGAGGCAGCGGGAGAAAAGAUACGAGAGGGAAGAGGAGGCUGACAGAAAGCGACGAGAGGACCAGCGACUAAAAAGGCACCAGGACAAGCUGCGACGGCGAGCCGAAAGACGAAAAGAGGAGUCUGAGAGGAGGGCGCUGCAGACGCAGGCACACGUGCAGAGUCAGGAGGAGAAGGAGGAGCAGCUUUGGGAGGAGAGGAAGUUCGUUUUGGUGCAGAGAAGGCUGCAGUCCAUCAGACUGCUCUCCGCCCUACUUCACAGAGCCCAGCGUGGUUUAGCCAAAGUGCAGUAUGCAAGAAAGGUGAUCAAAAAAGAAGAGAAGUCGAGCUGCAUACCUCCAGUUUCUUCAUAUGAAGGAAGCAGAGAUGUAAAGGUGGAGCCUGGACAAGACCUUUCCGCAGAAAGCAAAAAGCCUGUGGUUUGUUCUCCGGACACUAUCAUCCCAGUUCCCUCCAGGGAGCGUACCACUGGCGAUGAACAUGCUCCGUCUCAGGAGCAUUCAAGGCCGAGUGGACCGUACAGCCCACUCCGGAUAACAAUCAGCCAGAGUCACACACAGCGGGACCUCACCGAGAACACGUGGCCUCCGACAAAUCAGCGUCACCACAGUUGCUCCUUGAUAGCAGGCGGAGAAUUUUCUAGCGGUAAGCACUGGUUUGCAGUACACAGCAAGAAAGAAAAGGUCUAUGAAUCGGAAGAGUUCCUAAAUUACAUACUCAACCACUACCCACAUACAAGCUAUUUGGGGCCGUAUGAGAACUUCCACCCCCCAUGCAAUGAGUCCAUGUGGCGGAGGAGGGUGUCUGAUGAUGGCAAAAGUUUCCUCAUCAGCCUUAGAAACUUAGAUAGGGGGGUUUGCACAGAGGUGAGCAUCAGUCAGAAUUCAGAUAAAAGUAAUCCCAGUGAUGAGGAUAGGUACAAAUGGAAAAUUACCAUUAAGGAAACUGAACCAGCACAGAAGAUGCUCGGCCCACACAGGGGGUUGAUGGGGGGAUACAGCAGAGAGUUUGAGGUUUCCUGGAACAAGUCCAGCUCUCAGCACACAAAACACACCUCCCAUAAUCAGAAGGAUGACCGGGAUGAUCAUCCCAAAAGAGGGACUGUCGUCUUAAAAGAUGAAUUUCCAAAGAAGAAUGAGUCAGUCUGCCGUCCUGCAUCUGCUUAUUUUAAAGAAUGUCUGAGUGAAAAUAAGUGCAGAGAGUCCAAAAAGCUGAGUGCUGAGGAUGCUGAUGGCAAGAUUCAGAACCGGAAAUACGCAGAAUGCGAGAAGAGAAUGGAUAGUGGAGGUGCCUGUACGAUUGGGAACGAGAAAGACGAGGUUCUGGAGAAGAAAGUGGCGGUUAUGGAGAGUGAAAGGUGGUGGGAAUGUCCCCAGCCGGAAGAGAAACUGAGGAAGAAGGCAAAAAAAAUGAAGAAGGACUACAGUGGCCAAGCAGAUGAGGCGGAGGACACGAAGAAAAGGAAGAAAAAGAAGAAAGAGAAGCACAGAGAUGUGGAGCCUGAGAACGACAAAGUGGAUGUGGCGGGAGAAACGAGGACAUGGAAAAAAAGCUGCAAGGCCCCCCCGGGGGCUAAGUCUGAUCCGGCACGCAGGAGUAGGAGCCAUGAAAGACUGGACGCUUCCUGUGGAAAUAAGGCAGCUGCAGAUAAUUUUGGUUACUAUGGUAAAUGUAUGGACGCUAGAACCACAUUCACCUUUGAAAAUGAGCUUGCAAACUGGAGGUAUGAUGAUGAAGAUCAGCUCUGUUGGGUUAGGAGUAGCAGCAGCCAUCUGGGAAACAAAAUGUGACAUUGACUUAAGGACUCAAAGUGAGCCAAAUAGACCUAAAACUGUACAACGUUCGGAUUUUUAACUAAAAAUCUUUGAUAUGUCUAAAGAAAUUAUUUUUGUCGUAUGUGACUAUACAAUGACACAAUUUCAGGGAGUUUAAUAUGCUUGUAUUUUUUUUCUUUUAUUUACCUCAGAAUAUAAAGCCUUUUCUAAAUUAUGCCUUUGAAAUGUUUAAUUUCUUGGUAUUGCACCAUCUGUGUUGAGUUUAAUACAAACUUCUAAGCCUUU